CUAUUGAUUUUGCAGACAGUUGGUGACUUCUGCGCACUUCAGCAUGCGCUGAGCCCACUCUGUCAUUUUACACGGCCUACCACUUUGUGGCUGAGUUACUGUUGUUCCCAAUUGCUUCCACUUUGUUAUAUUACCACUAACAAUUGACCAUGGAAUAUUUAGUAGCAAGGAAAUUUCACAGAUUACUUAUUGCACAGGUGGAAACCUAUCACGGUACCAUGCUUGAAUUCACUGAGAUCCUGAGAGCGACUCAUUCUUUCACAUAUGUUUGUAGAAGCAGUCUGCCUGUGGCCAUGGAGGUGGUUGGAAGACCUGAAUCCAAUGGCUUGGAGGGCUGGCCCAAUAUUUUGGCAAUAUAGUGUAUGUGAUGUAGGUUACCCAUACCAGUAAGACUAGGCUUUCUCUUUUUAUAA